UGUAUGUUGUAUUUUACUGCCAUUUUUAAAAAAGUGCUUGAAGAUUGUAAUGAAUUUAUGCAACAUGCAAUGCCACUAGCCUACGGUAGAGGGCAAAGGCACUCAGGCUUCACUGAAAAGCUUGACUGCGGUGCCCCUGCUGCCAGUCCAGCCCUGUCAACGAACCAUCCACACCUGCAGCUCUGCUGGAGCCUCUGCAAGCCACAGGGGCGCUCGAGGUUUGGGUUUCCUUUCACAGGUUGCUGAUUAAACCUGGUCAGUCCUUCUACCCAGAAUGGAUGCUCCCAUCAUGGUGGCACUGGGAAAAUACCAAGGCAACGUAAAUAGCUUGCGAUCCAGAUUGCUUCUGCCACCAGCCUAAAGACAUAUGGAGCCAUAAGGACAGGAACCAUUCUGUUUAUUUCUAUGUUUUGGACCUUCCAUGUAUAUGCGAUUUUGAACUCCUCUUCAUCGUUCAUAUGAGGGAACCCGUGAUAGAAUCCUUGGAAUUACAAUGAAACGUAUCAGAAGCAUUUAUGUAUUUUGUAGUAUUGCUCUGUCAGUGCAGAGCUGGACUUCAAAGCUGCCAGAAGAAAGGGAGUUAACGACCAAUUUCUCCAACAUGUCCCUAAGAAAGGUUCCUGCAGACUUGACCCCAACCACAACCACACUGGAUUUAUCCUACAACCUCCUUUCUCAACUCCAGACUUCAGAUUUUCGUUCUGUCUCUAGACUGAAAGUUUUGACUCUAUGCCAUAACAGAAUCCAAGAGCUGGAUAUCAAGACCUUUGAAUUCAAUAGAGAGUUAAGAUAUUUAGAUUUGUCUUACAACAGAUUGAAGAUUGUAACUUGGUAUUCACUGGCAGGUCUCAGACAUCUAGAUCUUUCUUUUAAUGACUUUGACACCAUGCCUAUCUGUGAGGAAAUUGGCAACAUGUCACAUUUGGAAAUCCUAGGUUUAAGUGGGGCAAAAAUACAAAAAUCAGAUUUCCAAAAAAUUGCUCACUUGCAUCUAAAUACUGUCUUCUUAGGAUUGAGAAGUCUUUCUCAUUAUGAAGAAGGUAGCCUGCCCAUCUUAAACACAACAAAACUUCACAUUGUUUUACCAACAAACACAAAUUUCUGGGUUCUUUUGCGCGAUGGAAUCAAGACCUCAAAAAUACUAGAAAUGACAAAUAUAGAUGGCAAAAGCCAAUUUGCAAGUUAUGAAACUCAACAAAAUCUUACUUUGGAGAAUUCUAAGACUUCUAUUCUAUUACUUAAUAAAGUUGAUUUACUCUGGGAUGACCUUCUUUUAAUCUUCCAAUUUGUUUGGCAUUCGUCAGUAGAAUGCUUCCAAAUCCAACAUCUGACUUUUGGAGGCAAGGUUUAUCUUGACCACAAUUCAUUUGAUUACUCAAAUACUGUAAUGAGAACUAUGAAAUUGGAGCACAUACAGUACAGAAUUUUUUAUAUUUCACAGGAGAGGGUCUACUUGCUUUUUACCAAAAUGGAUAUAGAAAACCUGACUAUAUCAGAUGCACAAAUGCCACACAUGCUGUUUCCCGUUUAUCCUACAAGAUUCCAGUAUUUAAAUUUUGCUAAUAAUAUCUUAACGGAUGACCUGUUUAGGCAACCUAUCCAAUUGCCUCAUCUGAAAACUCUCAUUUUGAAGGGCAAUAAAUUGGAGACACUUUCUUUAGUGAGUUUCUUUGCCAACAACACAUCCUUGAAGUACUUAGAUCUGAGCCAGAAUCUGUUACAACAUGAAAAUGAUGAAAAUUGCUUUUGGCCAGAAACCUUGAUCACUAUGAACCUGUCAUCCAACAAAUUCGCUGAUUCUGUUUUCAGGUGCUUGCCCAGAAGUAUUCAAAUACUUGACCUGAAUAAUAACAAAAUUCAAACUGUCCCUAAAGAGAUUAUUCAUCUGAAGUCUUUGCAAGAGCUAAAUCUUGCAUUUAAUUUUCUAACUGAUCUUCCUGGGUGCAGUCAUUUCAGAAAGCUCUCAAUUCUGAACAUUGAAAUGAACUUAAUUCUCAGCCCAUCUCUGGAUUUUUUUCAGAGCUGUCAGGAAGUUAAGACUCUGAAUGCAGGAAGAAAUCCAUUCCGGUGUACUUGUGAAUUAAGAGAUUUCAUUCAGCUUGAAAAAUAUUCCGAGGGCAUGAUGACUGGAUGGUCAGAUUCAUACAUCUGUGAAUACCCUUUGAACCUAAAGGGUACCCGGUUAAAGGAUGUUCAUCUUCCUGAGUUAUCUUGCAACACAACUCUGUUGAUUGUCACCAUUGUGGCUACCAUGCUAGUUCUGGGGAUGGCUAUGGCGUUCUGCUGCUUCUACUUUGAUCUGCCCUGGUAUCUCAGGAUGCUGGGUCAGUGGACACAGACAUUGCAGAGGAUUAGAAAGACAACCCAAGAACAACUCAAAAGAAAUGUCCAGUUCCAUGUGUUUAUUUCAUACAGUGAACAUGAUUCUACCUGGGUGAAGCAUGAAUUAAUCCCCAACCUGCAGAAAGAAGAGAAAUUGGUUUGCCUUCAUGGGGGAAACUUUGACCCUGGCAAGAGCAUUGCUGAAAAUAUCAUGAACUGCACUGAGAAAAGCUAUAAGUCCAUUUUUGUUUUGUCUCCCAACUUUGUCCAGAGUGAGUGGGGCCAUUAUGAAUUCUACUUUGCCCACCACAGUCUCUUCCAUGAAAAUUCUGAUUACAUAAUUUUUAUCUUACUGGAACCUAUUCCACUCUACUGCAUUCCUACCAGGUAUCCUGAGCUGAAAGCUCUUCUGGAAAAGAAAGCAUACUUGGAAUGGCCCAAGGAUAGGCGUAAAUGUGGGCUCUUUUGGGCAAAUCUUCGGGCUGCUGUUAAUGUUAAUUUAUUAGAAACCAGAGAGAUGUGUGAACUACAGACAUUCGUGGAGCUGAAUGAAGAGUCUCGAGGUUCUACAGUCUCUCUAGUAAGAACAGACUGCCUAUAAAAUCCUCUCUUGCCCUAGGGAAGUUGGGACCUGCAUACACUGUUGGGAUAGAAGUUGAUACAUCCUUUAUGAUGGUAAUUUGGCAAUAUCAUUAAAAUGAAAAAUGAUUAUUUUUUUCAUGUCAGUUCCCGGAAGGAUUUCUAAGAAUGUAUACUAUAGAAACACAAGUUUGCAAAGGCUUAUGUAAAAAGGUGUGCAUCCCAGUAUUAUUUAUAAUCAUGAAAAAUUGAAAACAGCUCAUAUUUCCAUAGAAUAAAUAUUAAUUCAAUAAAUUAUAGUUCACUAAUGCAAUAAAAUAUUACACAACUAUUAAAAAGAAUGAGGUAGUUCUAUUUUUACUGGUAUGGGGAAAAUUAUUCUAAUAUGCUGGUUUAUAUAUUGAAAAAGAAGUCUAAAUGAAUCUAUACCAGUGCAUUGGUAUAGUAACAGUGGUUUGGGUCUGGGAGGUUGUAUUACAGAAAACCUCUGGUUUCUAUGUUGUAUAUUUCUGUAACGUUGGAAUUGCUUAAGUGAAUCUGUAUUCCUUUUGUAGGUAGAAAAAAACAAUAAAGAUAAUUUUUAAAGCCUACA